UCCUCCAGCAGCGCUCAUGUCUUGGUUCCAGUCUCUGAGGGAUGAGUUCUCCCUCAGACCGUUUGAGAUAGAGCACCCUCACAGUGACAUCGCUGCCAUGGCAUCAGGACCUCCAGAUGUGAUGGCCAAUCAGGAGCCUGCUGAGGUCAUGGAAGAGUGCUCAGGAAAGAAGAAAUCCAAGUUCCAGACGUUUAAAAAAUUAUUUGCCAGGAAGAAGAGAAAGGAGCCGCCGGCCACUGGAGCAGACGCAGGGCUUAAAGCCAGCCAAUCAAGCGACAAUGUCAGCAAAACAUCCCAAAAUAACACGCUCACUCGAUCCGAGAAGGAUAAGGGCUCUGGGUCAAAGAUCAGCUUGGGCAACAAGGCCUUGUCACACGACUCCGUCUUUGUUUCGGACUCGUCGGAGGCCAACGAGGCUCUGGGAGCAUCUCAGGACAGCAUUCAUGGGAAAGUGAAAUCACUACAGCUCCAGCUGAGGCAGGCCAUCAGAAUGGGCUCUCCUCCGUCCCUCAUGUGUGUGAAGAGAAAGGAGGAUGCUGGAGCCAUGUCUGAGGACGACGGCCUGCCCUGUAGUCCACCUGAAUACACAACGCAUCAAACGAAUCAGGCUGAGAGAAACAGCUCCAUCAGUCUGGAGGGAAUAGACAGUGACAGCGACCAGCUGUCCUGCUCCGCCUCCAGCAGAGCGGUGAGCCCCCUGGUGGUCCCGGGGGACUUCAGCCAGCCGGCCAGUCCCUUCGGCUGUCUGGAUAACUCUGCUGCCAAACACAAGCUGGGCCUGAGACAAAAAGCCUGCAACAGGAGGAAACCCGUCGCUAGGCUGGAGAUGAAAGCAGAGGGAGACUCUGGGGUGGAGGAUACAGUGAACUCCUCCAUAACAGAAGCUGCAGAGGAGCGAGAUCAACCCAAGACACCAGAAGUUGUAAGUGGUGAUGAGCGGAAACCAAAGGGGGAUGGAGAGGACGAAGAAGAAGAAGAGGUUGAGGAGGAGCAGCCACAGCAUUCCAGACACUCCCUGUUGAGAGACGAGGAGGAGAGGGAGGAGGGAGAGGACCACUCUGAAGCAGAACAGGAUGUUUCUCACGCCCUGGACUCUUCCUCUCCUCCUGAGCCGGGUCUAUCAGAGGAGGAAGCCCCAGACGCCCUACCCCAGCCCUCCUCCCAGACCAGCUCCAGGGACUCCUCUCUGGACAGUCCCGGAGCCACGCCAGAGCCCCCUGCUGGUCCAAGAGAAUACUUGCUGGACCCUCCAGGCACUGCCUAUGGAGCAGAGGAGAAGGGGGUUGAAAGUGACUUGGCACUGAGCGGAGAAGAAGAUGGAGUCCAGGAAAACAGGGAGGAGGAGAGCUCCUUCUUACAGGAAGUGCUGAGCUCCUUGAAGACUCCCCUCGUGUCCUGCUCACUGGGCAUGGAGAGUGAGGGUGUUGUCCUGGAGAUAGAGGAGGAAGAGGAGGAGGAGGAGGUGAAGGAAAAGGAAAGAGAAGACGUGAAGGUAGAGGAAGGUGAGGAGGUGAAAGAAGUGGAGGCAGCGGUGGAGGAACCUGUCGGUUAUCAGGCUGCUGCCGCUGGCUCCUUCCUGUCAGAUCACGCCAAGGAGGAAGAGGAAGAGGAAGAGGAAGCCACUUUGAGCACUCCUUCUUGUCGAGAUGUUGAAGGAGGGGAGAAAGUUGAAGAGGAGACGGAAGAAGCUGCAGAGGAAGAGGAACUAGUGGUGGAACAAGUCACUCUACAUGGUCGAGACGAGGACGGAGAGAAAGACGUGGCAGAGGAAGUCAACCCUGAGGAACAAGAUGAUAUACAAACAAGAAACGCUGUCAACCAAGUAGCGGAAGAUGGAAGAGAGGAAGAAGAAGAAGAGGAGAGUGAGGGAGAGGAAGAGGCAAUAGAGCUGGAGAAGGAGCCGGAGGUGGAGGAGGAGGGACGGGAGAAGAAGGAAGAGGAAGAGGUGGAGGUGGAGGAGGCAGAGCUGAGAGUGGAGGAGGCAGAGGAGGCGAUAGAAGAAGAGAGGGAGGCCGCAGAGGAGGUGAUGGAGAUGCUUCAUGAUGCAGCAGACAAGGGAGUUGCCAUGCAGGUGGAGGAUGAAGGUGUAGAUGUUGUGGUUGGAGACGACACUGUGUGUGUAAAUGACGACGAAACAGAGCUGGGUGAUGCGACAACGCAUGACAGUCAAGAGGCUUCCCAUCACAGCUCUGGAGAGGAGAGGGGAGAUGGAGAAGAGAAGGUGGAGGAAGGCAUAGAGAUCCACCACGCGGAACAAAAGUCUGAGCAAGAGGAGGACGAGAGUGAACCAGAUCUCCAUCAGGAUGGUGUUGAAACGUCCACGGAACAAGCCAAUGUUUCUGCCAGGCCUCCUCCUUUGUCUCUUCCAGAGUCAAAUAACGAGACUCAGCUACAAGUGUGUGAGACCAGCUCUCCCAGUAAGACCAGCACUAUCCACAUCAAUCUACUCUCUCCAAGCUCAGAGAAAGCGACGACUUUCUUCCCUCAGUCUCCAACUGCCGCCCACCCCAACGAAAGUGAUGCACCUGGUCACUCCGUAGCAACCACAGAAGAAGAAGAAGAAGAAGAAGAAGAAGAAGAAGAAGAAGAAUCAGCUGAUGAUGUGGAAACCGUAGAAGAAGAAAAACAGUCGGCCCUGGAGGAUGAAGCUACACCUUCUGCCUCUGUGGUGGAAGAGGUCAACCAGCCCUGCAGUGUUUCAGAUCAGAGCAAAGCCCUGUUCACCAUCACCCCCGCCUGGCAGAGGUCACUCUCUGUCGGGGAGGCAGAAGAGAGUUUGACCCCUCCCUCCACCCCGCCCGCUUGCGUCUCCUCUUCGCCGUCCACUGUCACAGGCCCCAGAGGUGUGGAGGUGGAGGCUGCGGAUAGUAAGGACCCCGAAGUGGAUGCAGAGCCGGCCAGUUCGCCUAAGGUUGAACUGGUUUUGAGCCCUGGUAGAGUGAGGAGUGCAGCCACCCCCGAUGCACCGCCUCCGUCAUCCAUUCACCCUCAGACCACAGCGAGCACAGAAGAGAGCCCUGUGGUAGUGGAGGGAAACCCCGACAAUCCAUUUGGAGUUCGGCUGAGGAAGACGUCAGCCCUCCAAGUCUUGAGCCCGGAGGAGGAAAACACAGAGCCUCCCAUCGAGCCUCCAGCUCAGCCAACCAGCUCUAGAGUUGACUCACCACAGCCAAUCAGCAUAAAGCCUUCCAUAAGUCAGCCAGUCAGCAUCAAGCCCGCCCUCCCCAAGAAACCAGACGUACACGGAGACAGCGGAGGGAAAAACAAGCGCAUGUCAGAACCGGCUGCAGCUCGUGGUGUUGCUGGUGGAUCUGAUCCUCCCAGCUGGAUCUCUGUGGCCAAACAGAAACAGAAGAUCUAUAAAGAAAACUCACUCGAUGAGAUCACUGUCAAGAAGGAGGAACAAGAGAGGAAACGUCCACUGCCACUGUAUGUCAGCUCAGCAGCAAACAGGGAGAACAGCAACAGAACAGCAGAGUCCACCGGCAAAGUGAGUCCGUUGGAGAUCAGUAAGGCUUCAGCGUCCGUAGAAAAGGAGGCCAGGAGGGCUCUCUCUCCUCCGACUCCGGUGCCCCCUCAACCUCUGAAAUCCCAGUCGCUGCCCUGCCCCGUCCCUCCAAAACCCCAGCCCCCGGCCACCGCCAAACACCCACCCCAACCUAUCCCACCCCGAAGGUCCCUGUCCCCCCUUGCUCCGAUUCCUGUUCCCCAAAAAUCUCCUUCCUGCACGAGCCCGCCAUCUCCCUCCAAAACUGCCACCUCAUGCAAGACGCCACAGCCCCAGAGCAAGACCAAGACACCUACCUCCCCUCCCUAUUCCUUGAAAACCGCCCCGGAAAAGCCUGGCACAAGAGCUGCGGGGCUUUCCAACCAGACCCCGACCUCACAGCGAGGCCUGCCUCCCCCGGCGUUGCCCCAGGAUGAGCCUCCAUGGAUGGCCCUGGCUAAGAAGAAGGCCAAAGCCUGGAGCGAGAUGCCCCAGAUCGUCCAGUGACGGGUACUGGUUCCACUGAGAUCUUGUACAUAGGCCCCAGCGGGUCAGAUCUGACAGGUGGUUGAAGGGUGGUCCGAGAAUCUGGAUGGACCUUAAUGCAUUUGCACACAAAGAAUAGCUGUUUUCUGUUGUUUUCUUACUUCCUGGUUUCUAUCCUGGCUUAAGCCUUCAGAUUGGUGGAUACCAGCCAAUCACAGCUAAAGACAGGCUCAGUCUAACUCCUUCUUUCUUUACGUCCUUAUGUUGUACAUUAAUGUUUUCUAAAUGACAGGGUGGGACCCCCAAACGUUAAUGCGUCUUACUUGAAGUGGAUCCAUAUUUUUUCAUAUAAAUUAGUAUGUUAAAAUGUGCCUGAAUGAGAGGAAGAACCUGCAUUCUCACAGCAGAAAUAUACAUUUUUUUUAUCAAGUAAUAAGUAACUCGGAUGACUCCUGCCGAUAUCAGUAAAUAUUUCAGGGAAGAUAGAAUUAUUUUAUAAAAUGAAAGAUUUAUUCAUAGAAAGUUGGUUAAAAGUGAUGCUGAAGAGAAGGAGACAAAAAGCUGUCUCUCUGUGUGUGUGUGUGUGUGUGUGUGUGUGUGUGUGUGUGUGUGUGUGUGUGUGUGUGUGUGUGUGUGUGUGUGUGUGUGUGUGUGUGUGUGUGUGUGUGUGUGUGUGUGUGUGUGUGUGUUUAUUGUAAGGCAGUGGUAAAGGCUCACAUUUUGAGGAAUGUGGAAAACAUCAUGACAUGAGUGAAAUGGAAUAACAUCCAAUUUAAGCAGAGUAAGAACUUACUGGAGCGACUGCUGCCGGUUUUUAGUUUUGGUAAAACUUGCUGAUCGAGGUUUCCUCAAUCUGCCGACUGUGUAUCAGGUUCUUCAGACAAAUAUAUUUCUAGUAACACGCUCCACUGAGACGAAACCAAUGUUUGUUGUGCUAGCUGCGGCUGAGUGUCCAAUGUGUUCCAGGUUGUCAACGUAAAUUAUAUUUAAAAUUUGUCUCUUUUGAUAUUUUGCCUACUGACACUACACAGUGUCUGUUGGCAUCCUACAGAAAUCUGUCAAAUCCAUUCUGUUCAGGAAUCAAAUGAAAACUAUCAUCACUUUGACUUUCAUAUGUUUUUAAUACUUUUCAAUGCGUCAUGUUGGCCGCAUGUGAAAGGCUGGUUGUGAAACAUUUUCCGAUCAUAACCAAACAUGCAGUUUAAAAAGAAAUCAAUAUAUUAAUGAAUCACUGAGAUUUGCUGCGGGAGGCAAAGCAUCAUAAAAGGAAAAGUGUUCACAGCUGAAAAGUUUCAAUUAAUCUAUAUCUCACAGUAACUAGAUAUGUUCAAGCAUUUUGUUUUUAUUUUGUAUUGCCUUCAGAGAAUUUGUCUUGUACAUAAAAUGCACGGUAAAGAAUAAAUUACUUUUGUUACCUGUC